UUCACACAACAAAACCGUUAUUUUCAAUUCUCCAUAUCAAAUAGUAGAUUUCUCCCCACAAACGAUGAAGAUGAAGCUAAAGCAUUAUGUCCACCUUUCUAAUGAGCGUUUGGAGGAGAAGCCAAGUGCUGAACUCUUUCAUGGGUUUCAAACGAUUAAGGGAGUUGAAAGAGACCAAUACAUCGCUGGUCUAGCGACGCCAGAGUUCGCUGCCACUUAUGUUGAAAAUAUGAUGAAAUAUGCGUCUAGAACAGAAUAUGUAUUGAAGCUUGCCAAUAAGAAGUUAGAGAGGGUGUUGAAUUCUGAUCAUAAGGCAUGUACUCUACAAGAACCACCGAAAUUAAAACACAAUAGAAUAACACUUUCCGAGCUUUUUCAGAAAACAAAAAUGGCAGAGGAAAUAACUGAAACUAAAAGAAACCAUUUAAUGAAAAAGAUACUGAAAAGAGGAAGAUCAACAACAGAUUCUGUAAGAAGCAAUGACUCUGCUUUACCUGAUGAAAAACUGCACAAGAUUCUCCGAAUGGUUCAUCUUGAAGCAUUGGCUAGUUCUCAAAACAUGAGAAUGUAUGUGAAGAAAAGCAAUGAAGAGGUGGAGGGAUAUAGAAACCGACAUAAAUUGCUAGCCGAAGAUAAUAUUAUAUUUCCUUACCGGUCUAUUUCGGCAAACCAUACAAAGAGCAAGGUGUCCCAUCCCACAUAUGCAGUUGGUACCACACGGAAAAGAGAACGCUGGAUAAAAUCAGAUGAAGAAUACCUGAUAUUGGAACUAUAGAAGACAAAUAAUAUAUGGCUGGUAUGGAUAUGCUAAACUGGGAUAAAUGCGUAUGGAAGCACAUGUGGUUAAUAGUGAGUGAGUCUGUUGAAGAGAUGUAAUUUGUAUGUCUUGCAAUGUUCAUGUGGUAGUAACUUAUUAUGGAAAGCAAAAAGAAAAAAAAAAACUAGGAUAUGUAUAUUCAAUGCAGA